CUAAGAAAUUCUGGCUUUUCAUGAAGAUGGCGCCGAAGGCGAAGAAGGAAGCCCCUGCUCCUCCUAAAGCUGAAGCCAAAGCAAAGGCUUUGAAGGCCAAGAAAGCAGUGUUGAAAGGUGUCCACAGCCACAAAAAAAAGAAGAUCCGGACGUCGCCCACCUUCCGGCGGCCCAAAACACUGCGGCUCAGGAGGCAGCCCAAAUAUCCUCGGAAGAGCGCCCCUAGGAGAAACAAACUUGACCACUAUGCCAUCAUCAAAUUCCCCCUCACCACCGAGUCAGCCAUGAAGAAAAUAGAAGACAACAACACACUGGUAUUCAUUGUGGAUGUCAAGGCCAACAAGCACCAAAUUAAACAGGCUGUGAAGAAGCUCUAUGACAUUGACGUGGCUAAGGUCAAUACUCUGAUCAGAUUGGCAUCAUCUAAACUGAGUCCAGCUGGCUAAUUCCAAAUAUAAAAGUUUUCACUAUGUAAAAAAAAAAAAAAAAAGAAAUUCUGGGGUGCUCUUAGGCAUGAACUAGUAGAGCUGGUAUACUCACUUUUAGAGGCUAUAAUCAGCUGAUUGAACCCUACUUACUUUGUGUUUAUUCUCAAAAUUUAAUUCCCAAGAGAACAAAAAGUAGCUGGGUCCUUUGCUCCCUUCCUGUUGGUGGUUGCAAUGGCAGCUGGGGUGUUUGUGGGUAUGCUAGCGAGUGGUGUAAAGAAUCAGGUGGUGACUGUCUUGCCAGAAUCCUAGGACACUGGAUUGAAGUGUUGUUAUUCAAAGGAAUAAAGGAAGGUAUUGUGGGCAGAUUAAAAGCAAUGCCCAUUGAAGUUAUGUUUUUAUUAUAUGGUAUGAGUAAGUUGACACAUACAUGUAAACAAAUCCAGGAUAGUUAACUGUUGUCCUAUUGCAACUAUCCUAUAUUUAGCUGCAGACAUACCUUACCUCCAAAGGUAGACAACCCAAAGUCUCAUUCAGAUAUGGUACCAAUUCUUUUGGGCAGUUAGGAAAUAGGAAAAGUAAGUCUUAAAGACUAAUUUGAUUGGAGGUGGCAGGAGCUGGAUUGUCAGAGGUUAAGGUGAGACUGAGUGGUGAGGGAGAGGAACCAAAAGAUACAGAUCACAAUCAUUUUACUACAGUAGUAUUAGAUGACUUUAAAGGUAGACCAGUCAUACAAAAGGAAUAAAAAGAAAACAAUAAAAAGAUGCACUGUAAUUUUACUGUAACAUAAGGCAUAUGCCAAAACAAUUGGUCACCUUAUUUAAAGGUUCUGUACCUGCAAAUUAGGCUAUAUUAAGGAUAUGGUAUGUUUUAUAAUGCUUAUUGAGUUUUUAGUAUUCUUAUUUGUUUUUAGUAACAUAUUUUGUGCCUUCAAAACUAGAUACCAUCUUUGACAUCUGUUAUAGUGUCAAUUUCUUUGUAAGUUUUUUUUAUUAGAGUAAAAAGAUUGUGUUACACAACAGAUAAUUGACAACGAGGAAGUAAAAAUAUCAAAAUUUUAAGUUUUUGCUUUGGUAUCAUCUAUAAAACAUGGAGUUCUGUACUUUGGUAUGGAUAGAUAACUUUGGAGAACCCAACUGUUUUUUAAAGUAUUUUUUUUCUUAUUCUGUAUAUAUUAUCAUAGUUAUUUCGCUGCUGUCAUAUAAUGCUAUAUCUGUUUAUUGUGAAACUUUUUACUUUUAGCUGACAUCUGAAAUGUUUGAAGCAGAUCUUGAGAAGGCAUUGUUGCUGAGUAAAUUAGAAUAUGAAGAACACAAAAA